AUGGUCGCAACUCUGCAAGUUCAAGUGCCUGCGAAUUUUGGGGACGCUCUGGAUCACACGGGAGCUCACUAUGAUAGGUUUAUGGAUACGUUGCUACAACUCUCCGGUGGUUUUUUGCCUCACCGUUGGUUCACGCUUGAGGAGAUGCAGGAUGCCGCAGGCAUGACAUGGGAAGAUGUUGAUGAAGCUGCUGGCGUUUGGUCUUCGAUGAAUUGUGUCGAACUUGCUGAUGGUAGUGUUCGGUUGCUGAAAGAUGAGAAAGACUUUUGA